AUGCCAGCCAAGACACUUGCCGAGAAGAUGACAUUCACGCCAAGCACGAAUGAUGACAUUCGUUUACGAAGGCUGCACCGCCCAUCAAAAGAUUCAGUCGAGAAACAGAUCUCGAUACCAGAGACAAUUACAGCACUGGAUCACUACCCACCAAUGCUCCGCAUCCCGUCCGAGAUACGAAGGGAGAUUUUCCGAUACAUUUUGCCUUCAUCAGACAGGCGAUUUCUCCUCUAUACGGACUGUGACUCGACUGCCGUGAGUAGAAAAUGGAAUCGAAGGUGCCGACCGCAUCCAGAUAGUGAUUUAAGACUCGACGUUCUCCGCACGAACCGUUUGAUAUACCAUGAAUGUUUGUCUGUCCUGUACUCGGAGAACUUGUUUCAUUUCCACGCAUUUGGCUAUCUCCCUGUCUUAGACUUUAUACGGCACCUAAGCCCUGAGGCCAAGGAUCUUGUGCGUAAGGUUAGGCUAACGCCUCUAACGGACAAGCAAGACAACCUGUCUUCCACGCAUGAUGUGUUUUGUAUCGUUAUACAUGAUUCUUUGCCAGGUCUAAGCGAAUUGCAGGCUGAUCCUGUAGUCUUCUUUUGA